AUGGGACAACGUGGGAAAUUAAAUCAGGUACGGAAAUUACUCAAGAAGUUUUCAGUAGGCAGCUCAUCCAGUGAAGAUGAUCGGGACACCGGAAACAAUGCAUCAAAGCAGGGUGAGACUGAUCGCAAUGUCCCAGUUGAAUGCGGUCCGGCUGCAGAGGAGGAGGAGCAAAUUCUGUCCAGAGACAGUGACGUCAGAGACACUGAUCAGGACCCUGGAACCAGCACCAGUGAGGCGACUGUCUGUCAACUCGGAAGCUCAUCAAACAUGGAAUUGCCAAGUCUCCAACAAGGAGUGGAGCAUCAAAAUCGGAUCACACGUGUCCUCAAAAUGGCUCAAGGAGCGGGCAUCGGAAGAGUUCCAGUGCAGCCAACAUCGGGAAAGGUCACGGGUCCGAGCUCAGCAAUCACUGAGCUCCUGGCAAGCUGGAACGAUUUCCAGCUGCUGCAGUUGACGAGUUUCUACCGGGACAGGCUGGAGCAGGCGAUGGAAGGAGGGGUGCACGGAGUGAGCCUGGCGUUAACGGCCGAGAAUCAGUUCAGCGGAGAGGAACAUCGGAAAAUCACUGAUCUCGCUGAUAAGGGAGAGCGGGCGGACAGUUCUAAACUCCUCCUGAGCCUGGUGAUGGAGAAAGGCUCCCGCGCCAGGAUGGUGAUGUGGGAAACCUUUGUGAAAAUGCGGAUUGGUGUCCCAAACUUGGACAAAAUACUGAAAGAAAUACAGGAACAUGGUUGUGUUCCGGUCCAUCGACCCGUACCGGAGAUUCCCAGUGAGCUGAAAGAUUCCAAAUCUACGAUCUCAGAUCUCCUGACGCAGUGCGAAGAUUAUCAGCUGCUCCACCUGACUAUUUUCUACCGAGAGAGACUGAAACCUGCAAUUGAAGAACGGGUAGAAGGACUCAGCUGGACGUUGAGACAGGAGGGACAAUUCAGUGAACAGGAACACGAGGAAGUCAAGGAGCUUGCGGAGUGGGGAAACCGGACAGAGAGUUCCAAACUCUUCCUCAGUCUGGUGACGGAGAAAGGCGCAAAGGCCCAGAGAAUGAUGUGGGAAUCCUUUGUGGAAGUGAGGAAGGAGUUACCAAAGUUGGAAAGGAUACUGAAGGAAAUCCAGGAAUUUGGUCCUGAUCCAUAUGAACAUAUGAAUGUCAGCCGUGGCUUUUGUGAGUUAUCUUCGCAACUCAAGGAUGUUCAGCAGAAACACAAGGAGACUCUGCGGGCACAAACUGAAACACUGAGAGUGAACACGAUCCUGAUGAGGGAGAAGGUGAAGAUUUUCCAGCUAGUUGAUCAAUACGCUGAGCUCACGGUCAUUUCCACUGUUCGAGAUCGGAGACUGGUGGAACAUGAGCUGCUGGCAAGAGGCAAAGACCAUGAAAAAUGGAGAAAGAAACAUCUCUGUGGAGAGCUGGAAAAAAUCCGGACUGAUCAGUUGUUCCAGAGCAGCUUUUCCCGGAGUAAAACCAAAUCUAGUAGUUCAGCAGCAGUGGCUGGAGUCCCGGGGAUCGGGAAAACAACAAUGGUACAAAAGAUUGUUUAUGACUGGGCAACAGGGAAAAUAUACCAACAGUUCCAGUUUGUCUUCAGUUUCAAAUUCCGCGAUUUAAGCUCCAUUAACUGCAGGAUAAACCUAAGGGAACUGAUUCUGGAUCAGUAUCCUUACUUUGAAAAUAUCCUGACAGAGGUCUGGAAGAACCCAAAGGGAUUGCUGUUUAUAUUCGACGGUUUAGAUGAAUCCAUAGACAAAAUUGAUUUUGCUGACUGUCGGAGAGAUACAGAACCCAAGCACCAGUGUCCAGAUCCGGAGUGGUGGUGUGAAGUGUCUGACAUUGUGUACAGUUUAAUCCAGGGCAAGCUGCUCCCAGGGUGUUCAGUGCUGGUGACCACCCGCCCCACUGAGUUACAUUUAUUGGAAAAGGCAGAGAUCAGUGUCUGGGCUGAAAUCCUGGGAUUUGUUGGUGAGGAACGGAAGGAAUAUUUCAUCAAGCGUUUUGAAGAUCAGACGGUGGCAGAAGCUGUUUUCAAACACGUGAAGGUGAAUGAGAUCCUGUACACCAUGAGCUACAACCCCUCCUACUGCUGGAUCCUCGCUCUGACACUGGGCCCCUUCUUCACACAAAGAGUCAGGGACCCGCAGCGUGUUCCCAAGACCAUCACCCAACUGUACUCCUACUAUAUUUACAACAUCCUGAAAAACCACAGCCGUGAGAUUGAGAACGCCCGUGAUGUGUUACUCAAGGUUGGUCAGAUGGCCUACAGAGGAGUGUCCGAGAGGAAGAUUGUGUUUACAGAUGGAGAUUUGAUCAAGUACAAUCUGCAGCCUUCCCAGUUCCUGUCCGGGUUCCUGAUGGAGCUUUUGGAGAGAGAGGAUUUUGCCCGGAGUGUGGUGUACACAUUCCCACACCUCACCAUCCAAGAGUUUGUAGCUGCAGUCGCACAAUUCCUGAAUCCACAUCCCGAUGAUAUCCCGAAAUUCCUCACGGAAAUCCACAACACGACAGACGGGCGAUUCGAGGUAUUUCUCCGUUUUGUUGCUGGUCUUUCCAACCCAAUGACAGCUCGGGGCCUGGAGGAGUUUCUGGGCCCAUUUCCUCAUCAAACAACCUGCCGGGUUAUGGACUGGGUGAAGGAGGAGGUUAAACGGCAGAGUAGAAAUACAGACAGUGAAGCUGGUAAAAGGAGCCUCCUGAACACAUUACACUACCUGUUUGAGUCUCAGAAUCGUGGCCUGGCUCAGGCCGCACUGGGAUCUAUGGAAACACUUUCAUUCAGUGGAAUGACACUGACCCCGAUUGACUGCGCGGUCCUGUCUCAUGUCAUCGGACUCUGUGAUACAAUAAAACACCUCAAUCUGGAGAACUGCCACAUUCAGCGUGAAGGAAUCCAGCGGCUGGGACCCGGGCUGCACAAGUGCCAGGAGUUGAAGCUUGGGCGGAAUGAACUCGGAGAUCCAGGAGUGAAACUGGUGUCUGCAGCUCUGAGGAACCCGGAGUGUAAAAUACAGAAACUGGGGCUGAGGGAUGUCGGUCUCUCAGAUUCUGGUGUCGAGGAUCUCGCCUCCGCUCUCAGUACAAACCCGUCACUGACAAAUCUGAACCUGGGAUUAAACUGGCUGACAGACCGAUCUGUCCCCGCUCUCCGCCGCCUCAUACAGACCCUCCCGAGUCUGGAGUGGAUCGGUCUGUGGAACAAUGAUUUCAGUUGUAUUGGGAAGAAAGAACUGGAAUCUCUGCUGGAACGCAGACCCGGACUGAGAGUGAAUCUAUGAACAUCUGUAUGUGUGAACAUCCCCUUCAGCGGGAUGGGGACAUUCUGCCCAAUUCCCGGCUCUCCCUUUUAAAUCCCGCCCUUACCUUUAGCGGCCAUGCGCCAGGUUUAAUUCCCGCAGACAGGAAGAGCCCGGGAGAGAGUCCAGGAGAGAAUCCUUUUGCUCCCUUUGCUGAGGACGGUGUAUUCGGCGGUCUGGCUGAUAUAAUGAAGUUAAAUUGAUAAAUACCUUGGACGUGACCCUGGAUCUGCAGCGAUCCCAGACACGGCCCUGAAAUGUGAUUUUAAUGAUUAUCGGUUCCCUGAUGUAGAGCGAUGGUGAGAUUAUUCAAUCUGUCACUUGUUGUUGCCGGUCAAUUAAUUGUGUGUGACUGUAAGUGAGUCGAGAACAGCUUAUUUAUACCCGUGUUAGCAGCUCACAAGUUGUUUAAUUUAAAUUUGUCAUGAUAAAAUCAAUAAACCGCUGUAACUUACUGUUA